AUGCAUGCCCCGGGGGUGUUGGACAGUGGGACCGGCCGAGGUUCUCUCGCGCAAUUUAAUAUCCAACCUUGGCUGAAGCAGUUGAACACAGCAUGGAGUUUUCGUACUGACAAGGUCAAUCUGCAUGCGCUUGCGCACGACCCCAUGCCCUACGUAAUUUAUGGUGCUCAUGACUCCUCCCCAGUGAAAGAAGACCAUGGGGCAUUGGGGCGUUGGGGCAUUGGGGUAGGCAUACCACUUUGGUUUACUCCCAUAGUCACACCACCCGUCAGAUGGAAAUCGGUUGCGUUCCAUGCACGCGACAUUCAUUCCCCACACUUCUCGUCAGAGAACGAACUGCGAUUGUUCCUAGAUGGAGUCUAUCCAGAUAAUUAG